AUGAGUAUAACAUAUUUAUUAUGUUUCAUUUUAUUUUUUGAUUUUCCAUUUUUGGUGUCUAGCUUUUAUAUAAAUCGAAUAGGAAAUUGGGGUAUUAUAAAACUAAACAGAAAUGGAAAUUUAAAAAGUAGUCUAUUUAAUUUACAUAUAAAUAAAGAAAAUGAUUUUUUAAAUAUAAAUAAAAAUCAUAUACGUAUUGAAUUUCGUCCUGGAAUUGGAGGUGAUGAAGCAGAACUAUGGUCUAACGAGUUGAAAAAGACUUAUCAAAACUAUGCGGAGAAAAAAAAAUGCUCAGUUCAAACUGCCAAGGACGUCACCAAUUCGAUAAUUAUAAAAUCACCAAAUGAUCUAAAAAUAAAUAAAGAUGGGGAAGAAAUAGAAAUAAGUUUAUACGACCUCUUUAAGAAUGAGUCUGGGACUCACCAAGUCAAAAGGAUUCCAAAAAAUGAGACAAAAGAUAAAAUUCACUCGUCUACUGCUACGAUAGCAAUUUUCAUUCAAGAUGAUGCAGAUAAAUAUGAAAUUAAUUCUAAGGAUUUAAAAAUAAUGACAUUUAGAUCGAGUAAGCCUGGGGGACAAAAUGUUAACAAGAUCGAGUCCGGUGUCAGGAUUGUGCACAUCCCCACGGGAAUCCAAACAGAAUCUCAGGAGGAAAGAACUCAAGAAUUAAACAAAAGAAUAGCUAUGAAAAAAUUGACACAAAAAAUACAUGAUUUACAAAGUCGGGAAAAGGAAGAGGAACUUCAAAAUGAGCGAAGCAAAUUUGUGAAAGAAUGUCACAGGAGCAACCGAAUAAGGACUUACAACUUUUUUACGGGCUACAUUACUGAUCAUAUAAAAAAUCGUAAAUAUGACUUGAUGUACUUUGAAAAAGGAAAGCUAGAACAUUUAUUUAACAUAUAA